AUGCUUUUCUUUAUCCUCAUAAUUGGUGUGUUUGUUCACGAUGGCAUUCAAGCAUUUGGUAACACUACACAAAGUGGCUCUGAUAUCAUCUAUCUAGAUAAGCCAUUGAACAAUCGGAAUCGGAAUGGUUAUGCAUACUCGACUCCACAAUUCUUCUUACGAACCCAAACGCCUGUGAGUUUCUAUUUCACCACAGCUAUGGUCGGUUUUGUGAAAGUACCAGGCUUGUCACUUGCUUUACAUCAUUCUCGAGCUCGUCUGUACGAAAUUCGUUUUCAAGGAAGUCUCUACACGACGGCUCUAGCAAAGCGUUCAUACAUACGCAUCAUGAUUGAUGAUGCAAUUCUCAUUUCUAAUAAAUUGUAUCCAAACACCGAGGAACGGAAACGUCUUGAUCCAAGUUUUGAAAACAAUUUACUUAAUAGUGACAUCCAAGGAGGCAUCUACUUAUAUUCUAGCUCGUCAAAUAUUGUCUUUCCAUGUGUAAAAUUCGAAACGGCGUAUAUUCCUGCGGGAACUCAUUCAAUUGAUGUUGUCAUACGCACUGAAGACACAAUUAUUGUACAUGGUAGUGAAUUGUUUGUGAAGGUAUUCGACAUUGAUGAGAGUUCACAGUCAAGUUUACCUCUGGUUCAAACAGUGAGCGGUUGA